UCUCUUCAAGAUAGCGCAGAUGCCUUCAGCGAUGGUUGGCAACAAUGCUGUCCAGUCUGCCAUUCCAGACUUGGGAAGUGGAAGUAAUUCUGAGUCAAUAAAGCAGGUUCUUGCUGUGAUUGACAAGAAGGUUCGCAAUAUGGAAAAGAAAAAGUCAAAACUCGAUGACUGUCAGACAAGGAAGCGUAAUGGAGAACAACUUAAUCAGGAUCAGCUGGAUGCCUUGACCAAGUACCAAGAGAUUGCCAACAACCUUGACUUUGCUCGAGAAUUGCAGAAGACCUUCCUUUCAUUGGGUCAAGAGAUUCAAAAGGCAGUGAAGAAGAUGGCUAGACGGGAGCAGCUGCAGCGGGAGGAGAUGGAUCAGCGGAGGUUGAAGGCGGUUUUGGAGCUCCAGUUUUUACUGGACCAGUUGGGAGACGACAAUGUACGGCAGGACCUUAAACGGCCCGACGCCACUGGUUCCCCUUUGCUCACUGACGCUGACCUCACGUCCCUUGAUGAGUUGUACAAACUGGUGGGACCUGAUAGGAACUACGACAUCAGGUUGACUGGCCAAUAUGAAGAGGCCUCGGCACACUUGUUGGAACUACUCGAGAGCCGAGAUAAGGCCGUGGCAGGGACCACAUACAAGUCCCUAAAGAACGCUCUGGACAAAGUGCUGCUCAGUGGUUACUUUGACCGAGCACCGACUCAUCAGAAUGGGACGUGUGCGGAGGAAGAGGAGCAACCGGAACAAGAGGAGCAGACUGUGGCGGCGGAAUCUUCGUCUGGGAAGCAGCCAUCAGAACCUGAAGAAACAACUACCGAAAAAUACACCGAGCCAAUUAAAGUGGAAACCACAGAGUUUGUAAACAGACAAUUCAUUCCAGAAACUAUGUACAGUAGUGCAGACAAAGACCAAGUGGAGGAGUGGACAGUGGAGGCUCAGAUGGCGAGCUCCCACCAGCUUCAGCCACCAGCCCAGCUGGCUACAGAGCCAACCGUUACUGUGAACCAUGGCAUUCCCCCACCUGAAGCCGACCCAGUUGUCAGGAAGCAAGUUGUGCAAGACCUCAUGGCUCAGUUGCAAGGGACGUACAACUUCAUGCAGGACUCUAUGUUGGAGUUUGACGGCCAGGCUCUGGACCCGGCCAUCGUGUCCGCCCAGCCGAUGAAGCCUGUGCAGAUGUGCGGCCCUUCAACCCACCCGGAGUCCAGACUUCUUCCAACAUGUGCAGUGUCCGGACCACCAGAAUCCUCACCAGUCUCAAUGUCUCUCUCGUCUGAGCCGUCCCCCACCCAAUGUCCCCUGUCCUCUGCUUUUCCACCUGUCUCCAAAUCUACCCAUACUGGAGGCAUCAAUGUCAACGCUGCACCCUUCCAGUCAGUGCAAGCGGUAUUCAAUCUGAAUGCACCUGUACCACCGGCCACUGAUGGGCAAGCAGACCCUCUGAAGCAGCCUGGCCAGUUCCCUGGGGGCUAUGGGCAGGGCUUCAGCAGCCAGUCAGAGAGUACUGUAGACCAGCCGGACAUCCCGCAGGAGACAUUACAGUCAGUUGUUGGAGGGUUCCAGCCCCCAGACCACGUCAUGCCCUCAGCAGGAAGCCAUGAAGAGUCUCCCCCAGCCGCAGCGCUCGCACAGUCAGGCCAGUCAUUCUACAACAGCAGGGCUGUGCCCAGGGGAGCAGCCAGGAGCGGCCGGGGCAUGAUGAACGGAUAUCGGGGCUCCAAUGGAUUUAGAGGGGGUUAUGAAGGUUAUCGCCCUCCUUUCUCAAAUGCCCCCAGCAGUGGUUAUGGUCAAACCCAAUUUAACACCUCUCGCGACUAUUCCAAUAACACCUACCAACGGGAGGGAUAUCAGCAAAACUACAAGCGGGGCCCUGCCCAAGGACCUCGAAGUUUGUCAAGAGGAAAUGCUCAAGCAAUGAGGUCCUAAAGACAGUCAAGUUGCGCCACGUUUAACAUUCAGGAUUUUUGAAUGUUUUCCCCAGCUCACUUUUAAAACAAUGUUUUGUUUCUCAUUGGUAAACUUCUUUUUCUUUUUCUUCUUUCAACGAUUGGCCCACGUAUCAGUCAGCCUGCUUUGGUCUGUCUAGAUCCUCUUAACGUUCUAACACAAAAGGCUGAACUCCUUCACAUGUAGGAUUAUCAGCAAAUGAGUGUUAUAUAAAACAACAUAGAUAUUCCUGUAAACUUGAAAGAUUUCAUUAAUUUAUUUUUUGUACAAAAUAAAUGCAAAAAAUACCCUGUCACUGUCGAUCUGAUUCCAUGACCAUAAUUUCCUUUUGCCCUGUGCUGUCAAACCCUUUUUUUUUUAAUCUUGCAAUUUUCAUAAUGGCUUUUUUUUCACCCCUCUGUCGCCUCUUUGUACGCCAAUGUUAUUGGUUAAGACUGUUUCAAUAAAGUUGUGUUCUAUUAC